UGCAAAGUUAUCGCGGCAACAGCAUAUCCAUGGUCCUUGACGCAACAACACCUUGUACCAGUUGACACUGUUCUUCUGCAACUAUUGGAGAUGACUUCACGCGCCCCCACCACUCCUUCCAAUGAUCAUCACCUAUCCGCCCUCCCCUCAGGUGCCUCAGUGCACAAGUGGUCAAGUGGCUCGCCCUUGGCUAUCUUUAUACUGCAACAUGGAUUUGGAGAAUAUGCAGAACGCUACGUCUCGUCGCAUUCCGAGCUCAUCCGGAAGCUGAAUGCGAAAAGAAUCGACGUUUGGGCCAUGGAUCUUUGGGGCCAUGGGAGCUCUCCAGGGACUCGUGGCAAGGUGCAUAUUGGGAAAGCGGUGCAAGAUCACAUCCAGCUGCGACACCAAGCUAUCGAGCAAGGACUACCGGUAUUUCUCUUCGGGCUUUCGCUGGGUGGCCUCGUGACAGCAGGCAGCGUCACCCAGGACUCGUCUCGCGUGGAUGGGAUUAUUCUCUGCAGCCCAUCUCUGCCGUUGCCGAUGCUUGGACAAGGUGCAAUUGGCUUACUGGCGCGUCUGAUACCUGCUGUGGAGGUACCUAAGCCCAGGACGCCUACAGACAAGUUGUUCCGCGACGCUGAGCAGCUACGAGUAGCUGAGGCGGAUCAGGUGCUGUUCAAGGGGAGAAUAUCACUUCUACUUGCCGCCACUGCUUUGAACGUGGGAACGGCAGUGUGGGACGAGGUGGAUCAAUGGCGCGCACCAACACUGGUCAUUCACGGAACAAGCGAUGUCGCAGCGCCUGUUGAAACGAGCAAGAAGUUUGUUGAAGAGAUUGUGUCAUCAGACAAGACACUAAACCUCGUCGAAGGGGGCUAUCAUGAGCUUCUAAACGAUGUGAACCCGGACACGAUUAUCCAACUUAUUCUUAGCUGGCUGGAGGUUCACCUGGAUUAAAAGUCCCUGAC